AUGGCACUGACACUGACUGGAGUCUACAACGCGAGGCAGCUCCAGAUAGUGGUUAUUAAUAGUGUUCUCGUGUUCUUGUCACUGACUUCCGUGUUGUUGCGAUUCUGGGCACGAAAGCUGCAAGGACUGAAACCAUUCCUGGAGGACUACCUGAUAGUUGUUGCCUUGGCGCUGUCCUUGGGAGUGAACAUCCUUCUCUUUCAAAGUCUUCAUGCCGGCGUGGGUGAGCAUGUUGACUCCCUGACAACUGCGACCGUACAGAAAUACUCCCUGAACCUGUACAUGAUGCAACUAUUCUGGAACACCUGCCUUCCUGUCAUCAAGCUGUCCAUUGCCCUCUUCUAUCAACGCAUAUUCCCCGUCCGAUCCAUGGUCAUUGCCUGUCGCUCCAUCAUCGUCUUUUUAUUCGCUUGGUACCUCGCUUUCCAGACCACGGCCAUCUUCCAAUGCACACCGAUCCCCCACGCGUGGCAAAAGAAAACCACGCAGGGGGGAUGUAUCGACUUCGUGCCCUUUGUGAUCACGUUGGCUGCGACAAACCUGUGUACGGAUUUACUCCUCCUCGCCCUGCCCACCCGCGAGAUUUGGAAGCUUCAGGUCGCGCAAGGGAAGAAAAUCGGAUUGUCGGUCAUCUUCACUCUGGGUGUUAUGUCUGCCCCCCACUCUCCAGCAAAGUCGGCUCUGUUGUUCUCAUGGGUAUCAGAUACUAAUGAGUACAUUUGCCUACCAGUGUCUGUAUUAUCUCGGUUGUACGGCUCGAAAAUCUCAUCGCAAUCAGCAACGCGGACAUCACGUGAAAUAGACGAUGCGCGAGCUCACUUGCUGGAAAGCUCUCAUCGACAACCAGCCAUGGCAAUCCCUCCACCCCCCGACGGCCCCGUGCGCAUCGCCAUCAUCGGCGGCGGCAUCGCAGGCCUGACGCUCCUCCUGGCCCUCUUGAAGCACACCUCCCGUGACAUCCUCCAGCCGCACUUGUACGAAGCCGCGCCGGCGUUUUCCGAGAUCGGCGCCGGGAUCGCCUUCGGGUCCAACUCCCUGCGCGCGAUGGGGCUCAUCGACCCGGAGAUGAUGGCCACCUACAACAAGCACGCCACCGUGCAGCCGGACGAAGGCGCGCGCGAGCGGAAGCUCUGGUCCAGCUACCGGAUGGGGAUGGACGGCCAACGGCGUCCGACCAACACCCUCAAAGCCGGGGACCAUAUCCACGAGACGCGCGCCUCGGUGGCCCGGAGCAGCGUCCACCGCGCGCGGUUCCUCGAGGGGAUGGCCGAACUCCUCCCGACCGGGGCGCAGGAGAAUCACGUCUCCUUCGGGAAGCGACUCGUCUCUUUGGAAGAGAACCACGACGCGAGCGUGACGGCCCGGUUCGCGGACGGCACCGCCGCGACGGUGGACGCGGUCAUCGGCUGCGACGGGAUCAAAUCCCGCGUCCGCCAGAUCUUGCUCGCCGGCGAGGCGGAGGCCGAGCCCGUCUUCACGGGGAAAUACGCCUACCGGGGCCUGAUCCCCAUGGAGGAGGCGGUCGCCGCGCUGGGCGAGUACACGGCGCGCAACAACCAUUUCCACUGGGGGUACGACGGGCACGUCCUGACCUUCCCCAUCGAGAAGGGGCAGACGAUGAACGUGGUGGCGUUCCGCACCAAGGCGGACGGGGUCUGGGAGCACGGCGCGCAGUGGGUGCUGCCGGGGAACAAGGCGCACAUGCUGCGGGACUUCGCGGGCUGGGGCCCGGAUGUGCAGGCCAUUUUGUCCUUGAUGCGCAAUGCCGAUAUCUGGGCCAUGUUCGACCACCCCCCCGCGCGGACUUACUACAGAGAUGGGCGGAUCUGUAUUAUUGGGGAUGCGGCGCAUGCCAGCACCCCGCAUCAGGGGGCCGGGGCAGGGAUGGCGAUUGAGGACGUCUUCGUCCUGUCCCGGUUGUUGAAGGAGGUUCGGGACCGGCGUCAGCUGGGCCGCGCAUUUGCGGCGUAUGAUGCGGUGCGGAGACCGCGCACCCAGAGGCUGGUCCGCACGAGUCGGGAUGCGGGUCUGUUGUACGAGUGUCAGAAGCCUGGGGUGGAGGAUGAUCUUGACAGGAUUCGGCAGGAUCUGGACGAGCGGAUGCAUUGGAUCUGGGACUUGGACCUCGAGGCUCACCUUGCAGAGGCAUUAGAUGUCUUUCAUCGAGGAGCGUAG